AUGAAUCAUAAAAAGAAUAAGAGUGUAACCUUAAAUCGUCUUAGGUUACGGAAAUAUCGUGCUGUGAUGAAGUUAAAAAAAGAAAAUCCUUCAAAAUCAGGAUAUUACAGUGAAAAUCAACAGUCGUGCUCUCACAGUAACAUUUCCAUUUAUACGUCAAGUACGGAAUCUUCCCAUUAUCUGGAAGAAAAUGAAACUAAAGAAGAAGCAAGUUAUAAAUCUGAUACGGAUCGAUCUUCCAAUUAUUUGGAAGAAAAUGAAAUUGAAGAAAAAAUAGAUGAUGACCAAGAUGAAGAAAGGGACGACGAAGGACAAGACGUUGAUGUUGAAAAUUUAAGAAAAUGGGCAUUAGAAAAUAAAAUUAAUCAUACUGCUCUGACGCAACUACUCUUAAUAUUGAGAAAAAGUUGGAAACCAAAUUUGCCAAAAUCAGCCAAAACGUUUUUAGGUACGACAAAUGCGAAAUAUAAUAUUCAGAAAAUAGAAGAUGCGGAUGGUUCAAUUGGAGAAUUUGUAUAUAUUGGGAUUGCUCAAGGUUUACAAAAGUGCGUAAAUAUUGAUAUAACUGACGAGAGAAAAUUAGAUUUCUUUGUAAACAUUGACGGUGUUCAACUUUUUAAAUCUAGCUCGCAAUGCUUUUGGCCCAUCUUAGGUUUUAUUUGCGAUACAUUAGCUCGAGCAUAUAUAAAAUCAACAGUUAGCCACACAGCAUUCAAGGCAAGUGAACGUUGCAACAUCACAGGUGUAAAAGUUGAACGAACAACAGUUUAUUUACAAUCCAACUGUGAUCUGCGAUCUGAUCAAUCGUUUAGAAACUUUGAAGAUCCCGAUCAUCAUUUAGGCGCAUCACCAUUAUUAUUAAUAAUGCCACCUAUAAAUAUGAUUUCAUCGUUUAUAUUAGAUUACAUGCAUCUUGGAUUUCUCGGACCAAGUCCAGCCACGAGGCUGGUGACGAGAGAGAUAAAAAGCGCUGCACAUAGCGCAAGGGGCUCAAGCUCCCACAUUAGAUGGUCCUUCGAGCCGGAUAUAGACGGCAAAAGCAAUACGCAUCACAACAAGGAUACGCCAGGUAUCACGGAAUUUAGAGGAAGCCAAUUAUCACAAGAGAAAGAGAGGUUAAGAGCAUUAACUCUCGCGGAAGCCAAGGAAAAAAGAUCUCGCGUGCGAGCAGCUGCCACGCGGGCAAAAACGUUUAUAGAGGCCUUUAAUCCAAAUAGCGGUUCGCGAAGUGAAUUAGUAGAGCGCAAAAAGAAAUUAAGCGAGCUGUGGGAUAAAUUCGACGCGGCUCAAUCGCGCAUUGAGUUUCUCGAAAGUGCAGAUUCAGCCAUUACAGAUAAAAAUGCUUUACUUGAACAGCAAAAUCAACAACGCAUAAGUUUUGAGAAUCCGUAUUUCAGCUUAAUUUCGCGAUAUGACACAGCCAUCGAGCAUUUUAAUACUAGCAGAUCCCCAACACCCGUACCCUCUAGUAGCAAUCAUUCAGUCAGCUCGCGGGAUAGGGAAACGCGGGUUAAAUUACCGAAAAUUGAGUUGCCAGUGUUCACAGGUUCAUACGAGGAUUGGUGUUCCUACCAGGACAUGUUCGAAAAAUUAAUACACCUGAAUACCAGCUUGACGGAAGUUGAAAAAUUCCACUACUUAAAAUCAUCACUCAAAGACAAGGCCGCAGAAGUAAUAAAAUCCAUUGAAACUACAACGGAAAAUUAUUAUGACGCAUGGACAGCAGUGAAAGACAGAUUUGAUAACAAGAGAUGGAUCGUCCAGCGGCACAUCAGGGCGAUAUUUGAAACACCAAUGAUUAACAAGGAAAAUCACACGGCGCUCCGUGAGUUACUCGACCACGUCCUCAAACAUUUGCGUGCGUUAAAGGCUCUAAAAAGGCCCACUCAAACGUGGGACGAUUUAAUUAUUCAUAUCAUUGUUUCCAAGCUUGAUGUGGCAACAAAUAAAGCUUGGGAAACCAGCAUUCUUGAUAAUAACAUACCUGAUUUAAAGGCACUAACAGAUUUUCUCGCAAAGCGGUGCCAAGCCCUAGAAUCAAUACAAGGUAGAGUCAAUAGCAAUCUAACAAGUAGUGCUUCGCAAAAACCAGUAGUUAACAAUAAAUACAAAACUCCAGUAGCAAACAUUGCCACUUCUAAUUGGUCAUGCGCACAUUGCAAGGCCAACCAUCAAUUGUAUCACUGCGAAGAUUUUCUUAAACUUUCAGUAGAAGAUAGGCUCAAGGUCGUAAAGAAGGCUCACCUUUGUCUCAAUUGCUUAAGAUCCACAAGUCAUCAAUCGAAUGUAUGCCAGUCAAGUACAUGUCGCAAAUGUGGUAAAAGGCACAAUUCAUUGUUACACAUGUCAGCAUAUAAUAAUUCAGAUGCAUCAAAAUCAAAUCCAAAAACAGAACAAACCACAUCAAGCUUGAAAGCAACAACAACUCAAGAUCCAAAUGCGUUAGUACCCAUAGUUACACAUAGUGUAGAGAGUCAUCGCUCUUUGCACAUUCUUUUAUCAACUGCCAUCAUAAGCGUUUACAAUGCAAACAACGAAUCAUACCCAUGUCGUGUACUGCUUGAUAGCGGCUCUCAAAUUAACUUUGUCACACAAGAAUUCGUAAACCGAUUACAAAUCCAAGAACGAUCACUCGAGCUCUCUGUGGCAGGCGUUAUGGGCAGUACAGUCCAAGCUCACAAAUGUGUCAACAUACGUUUCAAGUCUCGUUUUAGCAAUUUCGCAGGUCAUAUCGAUUGCAUAGUGGUGCCACAAAUAACUCGGCAACUACCACAGCACUUCAUAAGUUUGAAUGACGUAAUCAUACCUCAACACAUAAGGUUAGCAGACCCUAAUUUUAAUGUUCCUUCCGGCAUAGACAUGCUGAUGGGUGCCGAGUUGUUUUGGCAAAUACUUAGUGUAGGUCAAAUUAGACAAGCUAUUAACCAACCCACUCUACAAAAAACUCAGUUCGGAUGGAUUGUGUCAGGCUCCACGCCAGAUGCCACACCAGAUGCCAUUGCUGGAUCACACCCUCCGGUUAGCUUUCAUUCAACUAUUGUAGACGACUUAAGUCACAUAUUAAAUCGAUUCUGGGUGAUAGAAGGUAAUUCCACACAAACACGAUUCUCUGAAGAAGAGCGAGAAUGCGAACGACUCUUCACACAAGAAGUAAGUCGCGAUUCCGAAGGGCGUCUCAUCGUCAAGUUUCCGAUCAAGGAAGAUAAGUUGAUGAAUUUAGGAGAAACUCGUGAAAUCGCAUUGAAGCGAUUCAAAUCGUUAGAAGCCCGCCUCACCAGGCAUCCGGACCUGUAUGCUGAAUAUAGGAAGUUCAUGAAGGAAUACCGAGAUUUAAAGCAUAUGCGAGAAAUCACUGAUCACUCGGAGCCAACUCAAAUCAACAAGUCAUUCUAUCUUCCACACCACGCCGUGCUGAAGGAGACCAGCUCCACUACCAAGUUAAGGGUGGUGUUUGAUGGUUCGUGCAAGAGUUCCACAGGCAUAGCGCUAAAUGAUACAUUGAUGGUCGGUCCUACUCUUCAGGACGACCUAUUCUCCAUCUUGACGAGGUUUCGUACGUUCAAGAUUCCGCUUACAGCCGACAUAUGUAAAAUGUAUCGUCAGGUGCUAGUCGAUCCUACUCAAACUUCAUUGCAACGCAUCAUUUGGCGAGAUUCUGUAGACGAGCCACUCAAAACAUUCGAACUAACUACUGUCACAUAUGGAACCUCAGCGGCAUCCUAUCUGGCCAUUAGAGCUUUGAGAAAAUUGGCAGAAAUGUACGCAGAUAAGUACCCUGCAGCAUCCAAAAUUGCAUUGCGGGACUUCUACGUUGACGACCUUGUGACAGGUGCAGAUACAGAGCAAGAAGCUCAAACCAUCAAAGAAGAAAUCACAAACCUAUUACAAGAGGGAAGAUUUGAAUUGCGAAAAUGGGCAUCAAAUGUACCUUCGCUCCAAGACAACACCUCAUCAAUCAAUCCAAAGGAAUUUGUUUUGUCAUCAGACAAAGAAUCAGAGCAUCGCACGUUGGGCAUUUGUUGGAACCACCACUCUGACACGUUUAAAUUCACUAGUAUCAACCAACUGUCUCCGUUGGAGAAACCCACGAAGAGGAGCAUAUUGUCUCGUAUAGCUUUAAUAUUCGAUCCCUUGGGACUACUUGGACCUGUUACUCUAUUAGCAAAAACAAUUAUGCAGGAACUCUGGCGUCUCGAAACCGGUUGGGAUGAAUCAAUUCCACUGGAGAUCCACACCAAAUGGAAACGAUAUGAAGCACAACUGAAGGAUUUAAGCCAUAUAAGUAUCCCACGACACACCCUGACUGCAAGCCCAUACACUCAUGUAGAGUUGCAUGGAUUCUCUGACGCCAGCGAGCUGGCAUAUGGUGCCUGCUUCUAUUUACGCUCCACUGACGCGAGUGGCAACCACUCUACACACCUGAUCUGCUCUAAAUCUAGAGUGGCACCACUAAAAAACUUAUCGCUACCAAGACUCGAGUUAUGCGGAGCCUUAUUGCUGGCUCAAGUGGCAGAUAAAGUGACAAAAUGCCUACCCUUCAAGGUAAAUUGCACUUCGUACUGGACUGAUUCAACCAUCGUUCUGUCUUGGCUUAGAUCGUCAAGCAGAUCAUGGGCUACUUUUGUAGCCAACCGCAUAGGCGAAAUACAAGAGUUAACUUCAAUCUCGUCAUGGAAGCACAUUCGCAGUCAGGACAAUCCUGCAGAUCCACUCUCACGCGGAAUCAUGCCCGCUGACUUAUCACAAUUAAAAUUGUGGUGGUCUGGUCCACCCUGGAUCAAUCUCGAUAAGGAGAACUGGCCUCAAGAGGCCCCCUUAGUAAAGACCACUGAUCUACCAGAACGAAAAUCAAAGGCCAUAGUCGCACUAGCAGCUGCGGUUAAAGAGCUAGACAUCUUCAAAAAAUAUUCAAGGUUCACGAAACUAGUGAGAAUAGUCGCUUAUGUUCUACGCUUCUUUAAAAAUGCGAGGCAAGAAAAAUGCAAGGAAGAGGAGGUUCAAAACGCUCGACCCACAGCAAUGCGAACUAUUCAGCCAAUCUCACCUGAUGAACAAAACGCAGUCAUCACUCGUUUAGUUAAGCUCAUACAAGCCAUCCAUUUUGCAGACGAGCUCGAAAAUCUCUCCAAGCAAGGUGUAACAAACAAGAAUAGCUCGAUCUUAAAACUAGAUCCUUUCAUUGACGACUCGGGAAUUUUACGAGUAGGCGGAAGGCUAAAGUACUCUGCUCUGCCGUACGAUGCCAAACAUCCCAUGUUGUUACCUGGUCGCCAUCCAUUCUCACGACUAAUCAUCUUACACGAGCAUGAAAAACACUUUCACGCAGGUCCACAAGCCACUCUAGCAGCCACGCGUGAACGAUUUUGGCUCACCUCGGCUCGUGGUAUUGUCAGGAAUAUUAUUCAGAAAUGUGUCGUCUGCUUUCGAAAUUCUCCCAAAACAGCGUCUACAAUCAUGGGAAAUUUACCAAGUGCUCGGGUCACUAUUCCUGCCAAGGUAUUCGACCGAUGCGGAGUCGAUUAUGCCGGCCCACUUUACUACCAAGAAGGAACGAGGAGGAAUACGAAAUUAAUAAAGUGCUAUAUGGCCAUCUUCAUCUGUUUUGCUACAAAGGCAAUACAUAUAGAACUUGCUACCAGCCUGUCCUCCGAAGCUUUCUUAAAUGUACUUAAACGUUUCAUCUCCAGAAGAGGCUGUCCCUCCGACAUCUACUCAGAUAAUGGUCUGAACUUCGUAGGCGCUCAACGCGAACUAAAUGAACUAGCCGAUUUACUCAAAAAUCAGGACUCACAACGGGAAAUCGGCAGCAAGCUAGCCAGCCAAGGAAUCCGCUGGCAUUUCAUCCCUCCCAGAGCACCGCAUCAUGGUGGCUUAUGGGAAGCCGCGGUCAAGGCCGCUAAAACCCAUUUAAUUCGAAUGAUAAAGGACUCGAACUUGAGGUACGAAGAGCUGGAGACUCUUCUCAUACAGAUUGAGGCCAUCCUCAAUUCUCGUCCCAUAACUCCUAUCUCAUCCGAUCCUGGGGACUUGCGCUUCUUAACCCCUGGACAUUUUAUAAUAGGAACUCCGCUCACGGCGUAUCCCGAACCUUCACUAGAAUCCAUACCUUUAAACAGAUUGUCUCGAUGGCAGUAUGUACAACGAUUACGACGCAACUUUUGGCAACGCUGGACUCAGGAAUUCUUGCAUUUAUGCCAACAACGGAAUAAAUGGAACAUUGAAAAUCCAGAAGUCCUCCCGGGACAAAUGGUUCUUAUCAAAGAUGACACCGCUCCGCCUCUAUCCUGGGCCUUGGGCAGAGUUCAGGAAACACAUCCUGGUACCGAUGGCAUCGUUCGCGUUGCUACAAUACGCACAGCGAAUGGAACCUAUAAACGGCCCAUCACCCGUCUAUGCUUGCUCCCUAUCGAGGGAGGGAUCUAG